CCUCCAUCAAACAUGGCGGCGGGUUACGUGCGAGCUCUCAGGUCAACAGUGAAAGGUUUACACCUUGAUCCAGGCCGGCGGCUCCUCACACACAGCAGCCGGACCCCGGCCUUGUUGUGUCCGGGUGCCCCGCCGCCGGCUGCCCGGUGCCGGCUCCUCCACGUCUCCCCUGCCGCCUCCCUGAGCUCCAGCGCCAGGACGGAACCGCAGAGGAGCAGCCCCACCGAGGGCAGGAGAGCCGGGGAGGAAGAGGAGGAAGAGGGUCCUGAGGACAUCCCGCACAGGAGGGCGAAGAACCCGAUGGUUAACAUCGGAUACGCCUGGAUGAUCGGCCUCCCCACAGGCAUCAUCAGCUUCAUCCUCGCCAAGAGAGAGGUGGACAAGAACCGCCUGAAGCAGCUGAAGGUUCGACAGAGGAUGAGAAUGUCCAAUGAAGGAGAAUAUGAAGGCAGUCGCUACCACCGUCACUCAGAGGGGGUUAACGUGGAGCAGUAACGUUUUAUGGGUGAUUUGCACCAUAGCCUGAAUGUUGCUACUCCAGAUGGUGAUUCCUGCACCGCUCUAAGACUGAUCACUGAGGAGAUGUGGACUGUAUGAGCUUCACUUUAAAACACCUAAAAGCUCGGAGACAUUCAGGACCGAAUAUUUCUUCUGGUGUUGAUGAUGGGAGGCUGUGAAGGGACAUGUCUGUGUCAAAGCCGGAAAUCUGAACAUUUUCUUCCUUAUUCAAGUACAGAGAUGGCUCAUGAUGUUAAGUGUGACCACUUUAUUGAAUUUGGAAAAUCACCAUGUAUUUAUUUGUCAUCUCACUGAUGUUCUGUAAGAAAUUGUGGAAAUAAAUGAAACUGUAUAUUUGUCUAUAAA